GACAACACUGAUCUGAGAACAGCUUAUCCUGCUGUUUGCGUCACACAGGAAGAGGAAGUGAGUGAGUAUUUGAGAUUAAGGAUGGACACAGAGCUACAGAACGUAGCUUUUAUUUACAUGAAGUACAGCUAAAGGCAAUGUACGGGUUUUCCCAGCUAAUGUGAUUGUGAUCUGAAAGACAGACUGCCAUUAUUACCAAGGGUUGAAGGCCUAGAUUGGAGACAUUGUCCACAUGAUGUUGGACCACUCCGAUGUGAGUUUGACCCCAGAGGAGCGGGUGCGGGCCUUGACGAAGAAGGGCAGCACGGUGGACAUGAACGAAGCCGUGCCCGUCCGCAGAUACUUCCGCUCGGGCAUGGAGAUGAUCCGCAUGGCCCACGUGUACGGCGAGGAGGGCAACACAGAGCACGCCUUUGUCCUCUACAACAAAUACAUCACGCUUUUCAUUGAAAAGCUUCCUAAGCAUCCAGAAUAUAAGCUGUCUAAUAUUCCUGAGAAGAAGGAGACGUUAAGGAAGCUGAAGGAGACGGCUUUCCCUCAAGCAGAGCUGCUGAAGAAACAUUUACUGAGAAGAUAUGAGAGAGAGUAUGCAGAGUACAUCAACAAAAAGCGUGCGGAAGCACAAGCACUGGAGCGCGAGUUGUCUCGGCAGCGAGAGCUGGAGGCGGAGCGGCAGCGUGUGGCGGACAUGCAGAGGAGGCAGCUGGAGCAGGAGCAGUUCAGCAUGUUCGAGGAGAUGAUCCGGCAGAAGGACCGUCAACAGCGUGUCCACGAGUUCAACUCGCCAGCGUCCCCACAGGACGACACGCUGCUCAUUCCUGGGAUCCAGGGUCCACCGCUGCCCUACCUAGAGUCCCCCACUCCCCCUCAGAGUCCGCACUACCCCUCGGCCAAUCACAGCACUCCGUCAGCUCCCAGCCCGGCUGCUCCCCCGACCUUUGACCGCUCACUUAAACCGGGUCACCUCAGCACCAACACUACAAUGGUUGAUGGUUUACGGCACAUUGCUGUUCCCGCUGAGCUUUGUGGCAAAUUUCUGCGACUAGCCAAUAACAACACCAUAAGAGCAGUGGAGACCUGUGGGAUACUCUGUGGGAGACUGAAUAGGAACGCGUUCACGGUGACACAUGUGAUCGUGCCGAAACAGUGUGGCGGUCCAGAUUACUGUGACACAGAGAAUGAAGAGGAGCUGUUUCUGGUGCAGGACCAGCACAACCUCAUCACCCUGGGCUGGAUACAUACGCACCCGACUCAGACCGCCUUCCUGUCCAGCGUUGACCUGCACACCCACUGCUCAUACCAGAUGAUGCUGCCGGAGUCCAUCGCCAUCGUCUGCUCUCCCAAAUUCAACGAGACCGGCUACUUCAGACUGACAGACUAUGGCCUGGAGGAGAUCUCAACCUGCACGCAGAAAGGCUUUCAUCCUCACCCCAAAGAGCCUCCUCUUUUUACGGGCGGCAGCCACAUUAUAAUCACAGAAGGCACUGUAUCGAUGCUUGACCUUCGAUGAGCCCUCUCUGGUGUUUACACAGCGGUACCAAGAAGCUUAUUUUUCUUACUUUUUAACAGCUUUCAGUGGUGGUGGGAUUUCUUGAAGAGACGGACAUUUGCCUACAACAAGCACUUUUUGGAAACUAUGAACACACAUCCGUUGGGAGCUCAGGAAUACAAACUCCUCCACAGGACUGCAGCUCAUACAUGUUUCAGUUUGCUUUGUCUUAAUGAUCUAGUGAGCAGUAAGCUAAUGUUUUGUGGUUAUUUAUGCUCUGAUCAUACACACUAACAUAUCUCAUCUGUUGAAACCACAUUAAAGCAAAGGGUUUUUUAAACUACUGAGUAUCUUUGGGAGCAGCUGAACGGGUCAGUCCUGUCAUGAACGCAGCAAUAUCACUUUAAAUAUUUUCUAAAAACAACUUUUUGAUAACAAUAAUUAGUCCAUGAUGAUGUUGAAUUUUUGCUUUUGAUUGGUUCACAGACUUUCUGAGGGGCCGUUCACACAGAAUGCGUUUUAACAUUUAAAAAUUCAAGAUGCAGGGCAGUGGAAUGAAAAAAAUUAGUAAGGUCUAUAGACGGGAUUUUAAAGUCAAACUUGAGCCAUGUUUUUAGAAUGUCAUUGUCAUGUGUGAGAUGCUACAAAAGACACAUUUUUGCAUUUAAAAAUGCAAGAUGCAAAGUCAGUGGAAUGAAAAAAAUGCAAGGUAUAGGAAGGUAUUGAAUUACUUUUAACUUGACAGUUGACAAAAAUGUGGCUCAUGCAUGAGACGUUUACUUUUAAUUUGGGCUGCAUUUUCAGAACACUUUAUCGUGUGCAAGAUGCUGAAAAAGACGAGCACAGCGGUCAAAGGGGUGAUUUGCACUAAAUAAAUUUUGUUUAAAUGUACAUCAUGUAACUUUUUUUGCUCAAAAUUAACAAAUUUUAAUUUGUCAAUACAUUAUCAAUCCUUCCAAAAUGUGUUUUUGUCUUACACUUAGGCUUUCCAUGGUGAAUCAGAGUAAGUGUAUUUUAGACCUAGCGGGAUGGUUUUUGUGGGAAAUUGCGUAUAUGCAUCACUCGCCAGUGUGUCUUGUCAUAUCCCUAAAUAGAGAGACGUUUCUCCAGUUGCAUUGUCGUGUGUCUGGUGUGGGAGUGGCAGAGGUUAGUUGUCACAACGAGAGAGAAAAAUUGUCUGCUGGUAAAAGGAAAAGGAGACAUAGAUCGUAAUAAAACAAGAAUCAACAUUGGCUUGGCUUUUCAGAGAUGACGAGAACUGAGGGAUUUGAAAUGUAAAAGCAAUGCAGAGAUGAUGCUGUUUUUAUCACUCAAUGGAUAAAUUGUCAUUAGAAAGUUGUAAAGCAUCAUCUAUUGCGAAAGCUCAUAUUUAUCAGUUACGCAGACCUGAAGCACAAACAAAAUGUUCUUCCGCAAAAUGCAUGCAGUUUUGUUUUUUAACCGCUAGAGGGCCAAAAGUUACAUGGUGUACUUUGAAACAUUGAAAAACUUUGUCUAACGCUGCGUUUUUAUAAUAAUGUAUAAUGUGCAAGAAUCUGAAAAAGACAAACAAAUGUUGCGUAGAAACGCUCCUACAUUUGAUCUUAUGAUCAUUUCUAGUAAAUGUGUGUAGGCCUCUCUUUCAGAUGUGAAAUCUAUAAAUCGCAAAUGAUCUUGAACUUGCACGCAGCUGAAUGGUAAACAACGCCUAAUUAAUGUCAUUUACAUUUAAAAAUAUCACCAGUCUUCGUCCAAAUCCUUUAAUUCAGAAUAGAGCGCUGUAAGAAUAGCUCAGAUUUCCAAAAACCUGCAGUACUCUGACAAGGAAAAGUGUGCUUAGACCCUGACCCUGACAUGGAGAUAAGCACUUUUCCACGUCAGAGAUUGUUUUUAGAAAUACGAGCGUUGGCAUGAAUUUAAGCAUAUGCACACUCUAAGAUCAAAUCUGUGCAUACACACACACUUUAUAAAUGAGGCUCCCGAUUCUCAACUAACACAUUUUUGUGUUUAAAAACACAAGACUCGGGCAAUAGAAUGGCAAAAAAAGGCAAGGUAUAGAGAUGUUAGUGAUGAUAGUUCAACUAUUUUUAACUCUGGCGUUGUUUUUAGAAUGGCGUCAUUCGUGAGAAGCUGCAAACGAUGGCAUGGUCAAAUGUUCGUCUUUUCGCUUUUUUAUAUAGAAAAACUGGUAAUGUAGCGCAGUGGAAUGACUGAAAACAUUAGUUGUGUGUGAACGGCCCCCUAAAGUUUUGAUCAUCUUUGUGCAAGUUUUAGAUCCAGGUUUGUUUGAUAUGCAAACAGUUUCACAGUUUCAUAUCAGGAAAUGAAGGAAGUAGUUGUUGGGGAACAACCCUGAAAUUUAUUUGCUUUUUUUGUGUAAAUCUUUGUGAUGUAAAUUGUUCUGUUGAAUUGUGAGGAAUUAGCAAAAACACGUUCUGCUUGUGUUUAAUGAAAGAGGCCCAUUAUAUAGAUGUAUCUGUGGUAAAGGUGAUAAAGGCAGAAUGACUGAAGUUGGACCGUGUAAUUAUUAAAACAUUGCACACAUUGUGCAUUAAUUUAAUUAUUCAA